GUGGUGUGCGCCAAGUGCUCUGACUACCGGGCUGAGCUCAAAUACGAUGACAACAGGCCCAACCGCGUCUGCUUCCACUGCUACACCUUCCUCACUGGAAACGUGCUCCCUGAGGACAAGGAGGACAAGAGGCGGGGCAUCCUGGAGAAAGGGUCCGCGACAGGGUCCGAGGAGAGCCUCAUGUGCAGUUUCCUGCAGCUGGUCGGGGACAAGUGGGGCAAGAGUGGCCCCCGGGGCUGGUGUGUGAUCCCCCGGGAUGACCCCCUCGUCCUCUACGUCUACGCUGCCCCUCAGGACAUGCGGGCUCACACCUCCGUCCCCCUGCUGGGCUACCAGGUGACUGCAGGGACCCAGGCAGACCCCCGGGUCUUCCAGCUGCAACAGUCAGGCCAGCUUUACACCUUCAAGGCCGAAACCGAGGAGCUGAGGGACCGCUGGGUGAAGGCCAUGGAGCGGGCGGCCAGGGGCUGGAGCCCCAGGGGACCCAAUGAUGGAGACCUGUCUGACUGACCCCCAGCCGGCCCCUCUCCCCUUCAGAACCUGGCUCCUGGCCCGGGCUGACCCUGCGGCCUCUGUGAUCCACCACUCUAAGCUGAGCUUUCAAAUAACGCAUUUCCAGGGGCACCUGGCCAGCUCAGUCUGUAGAGCAUGCAACU